AAAGUUUCAGUUUCGCUUCUCUGGAGGGCCCUCCCUGUUCCCGGCAGACCCGCCUCCCCCUCUCCGGGCUGUCUCUCUGCGGCCAUCGUCCGGUAGGCCACCAUAUCUGGGAGCUUCAGCUUACGCUUGGAAACGCAAAAGAGGAUAUAAACAUUUAAAGACCCACUGAGGACCUGGAAGAUGGCCUUUUCCAUGGGUGCUGGAGCAGCAGCUUCCAAUGACAGAUCAGAGACUAACUCUCUUGGAGAAAACUAUAGUUGUCAAGUUGCUGUUAGUCACAAUGACUUCAAAAUUUUAAAAAACAAUGAGCAUCUGCUGUAUGAAGUCCUCCAGAAUAAGUUUGGCUGUAAAUCAACCUUGAUCUCUCCAAAUCUGGAAGGAAACAGCAAGUCUCUUGCUCAGCAAGUCUUCAGAAGAAGGCUGAGCCCUGGAAUAGAGUUAUCUGUCUGGAAGGAUGACCUCACCAAACACGCUGUUGAUGCUGUGGUGAACGCAGCCAAUGAAGAUCUUCUACAUGGGGGAGGCCUGGCUGGGGCCCUAGUGAGAGCUGGUGGCCCUGAAAUCCAAGAACAGAGCAGAAUGUUUAUUGCCCAAGUUGGUAAAAUACCAGUUGGUAAUAUAGCUGUCACUGGAGCAGGGACACUUCCCUGCAAAGAGAUUAUCCAUGCUGUUGGGCCUCAGUGGGUGACAAUGGAUAGAGAGAGAUCUAUUGAGAAGCUGCAAACUGCUAUCACAAAUAUUCUGAACUAUGUUUGUGGAAAUAUGCACAUUAAGACAGUAGCUAUCCCAGCUGUGAGCUCUGGAAUUUACCAAUUUCCUCUGAAUUUAUGUACACAGACCAUUUUAGAAACUAUCUGCUAUUAUUUCCAAAAGAAGCUAAUAGUCACUAAUUUGAAAGAAAUUCACCUGGUGAGCAAUGAGGAUCCUACUGUUGCUGCUUUUAAAGCUGCUUCAGAAGCCAUCCUAGGGAUGAAUGAGCUGGGCCCCUGGAAGAGUCAAAAGACCACCUCUCCUUCAAGUAUGACUCUUCAGAUUGCCGAGGGCCUGACCCUGCAGAUUGUCCAGGGCCACAUUGAAUUGCAGAAGACAGACGUAAUUGUCAAUUCUGUAUUCCUCUCCCAUCUUAAAAGAGGACCUCUGUCAAAAGCAAUUCUGCAACAAGCAGGACAUGAGAUGGAAAGGGAACUUACUGACAGAAAGGCUAAACUGAUGUCAAAUCCUCAGUUGGUGCUGGUUACAAAAGGAUAUAAAUUGUCCUGUCAGUAUGUGUACCAUGUACUAUGGGAUCUAAGUUACAAUAGUCAUUUGACAUUGGCAACUGCAAUGCAGGAAUGUUUGAGACAAUGUCUGGAUGAAGGUAUAACUUCCAUUUCCUUUCCUGCCCUUGGCACUGGAAACAUUGGUGUGGAGAAGAGUAUAGCAGCACACAUUAUGUUUGAUCAAGUUAUAGCAUUUGCCAAAGACCAUGCGAAAAAACAACUAGCUGUGAAGUUUGUGAUCUUUCCUGAAGACCUAGAGACAUAUAAGGCUUUCUCUGCUGAAAUGACAAAGAAGUCUAAGAUACUGACUUUCAACAGUAAUGGUGAUACUUCAGUUCCCCUAUGGACCAGAGAGGAACAAAGAAGAAAUGGACUUGAAGCUGGAUCUCCUGCCAUCAGUCUGAUGGGAUUCAACAAGGAAGCGAUGUUUGAGGCUAAAGCAUGGAUCCAAAAGAUACUGACCUCCCAGGAUCACUGCACCAUUGAAAAUAAUCAUAUUCUCUAUCUUGGGAAAAAGGAACAUGACAUUUUGUCUCAGCUCCAGACAACCUCGAGAGUCUCCAUCUCAGAGGUUAUCAGUCCAAAAAAGGCAAAUUUAGAGAUUAAAGGAGCCCGGGCUGACCUCAUUGAUGUUGUUAUGCAUAUUGAAAGUAUGCUGUAUAAUGUUCAAGAAGAAGUGGCAAGAAAAAGUGAGCAAGCCCUAUGGAUCUUUUCUGGAGUAUCAAGUGAUCAGCAAUGGAAAAAACAGGAUGAAAGGGUAGAAAAGAUCAUAUAUUGUCGAUAUCCAGCGCCUUCAUCUCAAGAGACUCAGGAUCGAAAGAGACAGUUUGAAAAAUGUGGUUUGCAGAUUGUAAAGGUGGAGAAUAUAGACAAUGUGGUACUCAUGACUGCCUUCCAAAGGAAGAAGAAAAUGAUGGAAGUGAGAACCCAGUGCAAACCUAUGAGCCGCAGGUUGUUCCAGCAAGUCCCAUACCAGUUCCUUGAUGUGGUGUGCAGAGUUGGCUUUCACAGAUUCUACACAGCUCCCUAUGAUCCCAAAUAUGGAGCUGGAAUAUACUUCACCAAGAAUCUCAGAAACCUAGCAGACAAGGUCAAGAAAACCUCUGGCACAGAUAGGUUUAUCUAUGUGUUUGAGGCUGAAGUACUCACAGGUUCCUUCUGUGGGGGUAAGCAGUUAAAUAUUGUCCCCCCACCAUUGCAUCCUGGAGCCAUAGAUAGUCAUGACAGUGUGGUUGACAGUGUCUCCAGCCCUGAAACCUUCGUUAUUUUUAGUGGCAUGCAGGCCAUGCCCCUAUAUUUGUGGACUUGCAUCCAGGAUCAUGUAUGGCCAAAGGAUUAUUCAUCAGGACCAGUGAUGAGCUCUUCAUACAAGCCUUGGGGAAAAUUUACAAGUGGCAGCCCUGUUGAUUAAUCUCCAUACCAUUUUAACAACUGGAAUGGUCUUGCUUUGGAGAAACUAACCAAAUAAUGACCAUCAAUUGUUUAAAGAGGGGCUUGAGUAUGUCAACUGGGUUGGACUGACUGGGCUAUUGAAGGGACCAGUCAUAUACAAGCAUCUUAGUGCCUUCAUCUUUGUCUCUUGGAGUUGGGAUAGAUAGAUAACAACUACAACACUCUUAUGAUUGUUCCUUCUUGCAAUUGUUCUUUCAUCUUUUUUACUAUAAGUAACAGCAAGAAUGUUUUACAUGUAAUGAAGAGAUUUUUCUGGUAUAUAAUCUAAACCUUUUAUUUUCUAAAAUGCUGUAUAAAAUAUUAGGACAACAGAACUGUUUUAAAUUUUCUAGAGAAUUUUAUCAGGUGCUUUGGCUAUCAGAAUAAAUCACCUUUGCCUAAGUAACUGACUCUGAAUAAUUAUUUGUAAAAUGAGGUAAUAUGAAAUCAAAGAAUAUCAGAAGACUGAUACUCAGUUUUGAGUCAGCUAUAGUCAGCAAUCCACUGAAGCACCAUGUAUCCUAAGUAUUGAUUCACCAAGUACUUAACUGACCACUAGAAGUGUUUCAGUCACUUUCUGGGUGCUAAUCAGAAAAAGAAGUUAUGGAUAACUUAACAAGUGUGAUUAGAUAUAACAAAAGAGAAAUACAAAUUCCUUGAAAAAUUUAAGAGGGGCAAAAACAAAUUGAACACGAAUUGGGAGAAGGCCUCCAAAAGGA